ACUGUUGUUGCUAGGCCGCCAGGCCAUAACCCGUCACAUCACUGACUAUAGGCAAACGAAGCUCGGGCUUUAUUUCUCACUCCUCUUUUUUUUCACCCUUAUCGUCUCCGUAGUACAGGCCCACCAAAAACAAAUCACUAACAAUGAAUCCCAAGCAAAAUAUUUGAUAAAUCACAGUCGGACCGUGGUGGUGAUGGUUGCUGUGUGCGUGUCGUGAGCACUGGAUGUCGUCUGCUACCCGUGUGUUGUUGCUACCAACGAAAUUUCCACUUCUAAUUUUGGCGCGUUUUCUCCAACCACGUCGUCUGAACAGCUACUGCGUGUUCAUAUGCACGUGUAUUAAAAGUCAACGAGUUGGGUUUUGUUUUUAAAAACGCUGCCGUGUGUGUUGCUGUGGCUUUUAGAAAGUCAGGAUCUUGUCUGGAAAUUACCGGUGUAGGUCGUUAAAAAAGUCGCAAUUGUGGAGCUGCAGCGAGAGAAAUUCGCUGCACUGGCGGACAAAAUAGGUGGGAAGCGGUGGUCGCCAGGUCAUCACCAUUCCUACCCACAUCACUACGACACAUCCGCUCAGAUGUUUCUAACGGAGCCAUCGUGUGCCGAGUCACUGGUGAGGGGGAGGCAGAAUAGCUGGGCGACAUCGGUGCCUGUGUCGUCAUCGUCAAAGGGUUUUACUCAGACAACGACAUCAGUCCCGAAGCCUGGUAUUGAGCCCACCACACAGAUCAGACCAGAUCCUUACCAAGUCUUUGGUCCAACCAGCAGGACGCUUGCCAACCCAGAAAAUCCUGCUGCCAGCUUAGGAGGACCUGUCUGGAACCGAAGCGGUCAGAUCCAACUGUGGCAGUUUCUCCUCGAGCUCCUGUCCGAUAGCUCCAACGCCAACUGCAUCACAUGGGAGGGCACCAACGGAGAGUUCAAAAUGACCGACCCAGAUGAGGUCGCCAGACGAUGGGGCGAAAGGAAGAGCAAGCCCAACAUGAACUACGAUAAGCUCAGCCGUGCGCUUCGCUACUACUACGACAAGAACAUUAUGACGAAAGUUCACGGCAAGCGAUACGCCUACAAGUUUGAUUUCGCCGGGCUAGCCCAGGCCAUGCAACCCGUGCAGGCCGACCCUAGUGUUUACCGGUACCAGUCGGACCUCAGCUACCUGGCUCAGGGAUACCAUCACCCUAGCAAGAUCAACUUUGUUGGCACUCCUAUCCCGUCGACAAACGCGAGCUUGUUCAGCUCUCACGGCUCCUAUUGGUCAUCACCCAGUGCCGCAAAUAUCUACCCCAGCAGUCACGUGGCACAUCCACAUAGUCACGUGUCACCGCACAUAGGCACGUAUUAUGGGUAGAAAACAUUGUGUUUUUAUUUACCAGACUGAAAGUGCCAUGAUAUAAAAACUAACUUCACCCUGUAUGAAUUCCAGUAUUGGAACUUUUUGGACAGAGCUAUAAGGUGUGUGAUCCUCGGUGUUUUUUAGGUUGGUAAUUAUAAACUCAACCAGAUCAUGUUUUAACAUGCAGUUCUAUAUUGUAGUGAGUUUAUGUUGUUUCUAUAAACAUGCUUAUCACCUACACCCUCUAAAUCGAGGCUUAUGGUUUCACCGACAACGAAUACUGUGUAGUUUUAAACAAUAAAACAAACAACACAAUAAAUUAUGCCAUUGCCUUACUGCACACACUUUGCAAAUGGAAGAGCAACUGAAGUCACAUUCACGCAUAGAUAAAACAUCAUGCAUCCAACUCGACUCUUUUUUUUGUGUGGUUGCCUAACCUUUACCUUUUCAUUACGAAGGUGUGUACUGUAUAUCCUUUGCUUAAGAUUGAUGGAGGCUCUCAUUAGUGUAGUCAGUGCACAGAUAAAGGUAUGGGGCUUGAAAAACACUACAGCCGAUCAGGGCGAAAUGAAGGCUAAUAAAACUGGCGCCAAACCACACGGCGUAAGUGUAAUUGUGUACGAAGAAAAGCAGACGCAGGGAAAAUAAAAGCGUUUUUUUUUUGUGGACGCUGUUCUAUUCGCGAAGUAAUUAAUUUUAUUUGUAUGUGGAAUUUUCUUUUCGAGCGGUGGGAACUGGUUGCAGUCAUGCGAUGAGCAUGGAUGGGAAUAGUGCAAACUCAUUUUUCAUGGGGAAUAAACCCCCUUUUUUCACUCACACGCAAACAAACAAUUAUGUUCCAGUUUCGUUUGAACGUCGAAGUGGUGUGCUCUUUCGAGCUUGGAGGCAACUUUUGCACGAGCUAACAUCUCCAUCAAAUACACGGUUGUCUGUUUGGUCCAACGUGCCCCUUUAUGUGGGACAGGGUUGGAACAUGGUUGGUGCACGGUUGGGACAUGGGUACCACCUAACAAGUCCGUGUUAAUCACACUCUAGGAAAGCUGUUCACUCACCCAUUCUUAGUUUUAAAAUUAUUGCGGGGAAUAUUGAAAUCAGAUUUCGUUUCGUUCGAUUAUUGUUGUAUAAAGUUUAGUAAUGAUAACAAUAGGUAACGCUGAAAAUGGUGUUUUGGGUAGCAACUGAUCAGUUUUAACUUGCGACAUUCCAUCAUGUUAGUUGACCAUUCCAAUGUUUUAAGGAGUUUUUCAUUUUAAAAAGAAAUUAAAACAAUAAUAAACAAUUGUUACCCAAAAUCAUUCCGAAACACAUUUUAUUUAAAUUUUAAAUUGCCCUGUUACAAUGUGGUUUUUAUUUUGAAGUGAUUUCUUUUUUAGUUUCGUUUCAGCUUGAUUUAAUUAUUGUUUAUGAUUAUUUUGACAAGCCGUUAUAAGGUUAUGAUAUGAAGCGGUGCCUAUCCAUAAUGUGCAAUGCCAUAUUUUACCAAUAAAUAUUGUAAAUAAAAUAUUUAGAAUAUAAUGUUCACGGCAUGUGACCUUUGACGUAAGAGUAUAGACGCGUGACGUAACCUGUUUUGCAUCUGGGGCGCCCUCUGUCUAAAAUAAUAAAUGUGACUUGCAACUCGUAGAUUUGUUCUUCUGUUUUAAAAGGGCCUUCUUGCAACUUUUACCCAGACUAUCAGCAUUUUUGUUUUAUUGUAAACUACAACGAUUGGUCAGUCAUUCUUAACAUCAGUGACUCAGCUAUUGAAUGUCGUAAAGGUGUUAAAGAAGUACGCACAAUUUAAAUAUUGGUGACGGUAUUAUUAUUUGUUUUGCUUCUUUCUGUUUCAACAUUGAAAACACCUGUAUCGCGUGACUGGUUACGUCAUUGCGACUCAGUGUUACGUCAGAUGCAGUCAUUACGUCGCGAAAUGGUCUAGCAAUUCGGCUCGGAUGCAUUUUUAUCUCUCUUUCAUUUGCUCUCUGUGGUCUUUCUAUUUUUGUGAUUUAGUUAAGCUUUUGAAAUAUAUUUUUUCGUUAUUUAUGAAUUUACUCAGACAUGGCUGUGCCAAACUCUGUCUUCUUUCAAACAUUCCUUCUGGUUUUCUUAAAAAUCUCCAGUUUGAUUAAUUUAUUUAAGAACUGUCGAAAUUACCUCUAAGUUGCUUUCGGAAGAAUGCCCUUCUAUUUUUGUUUUGCCAAUUUAUUGUCUUGUUGAUAAAAUACGGGUAUACUUGAAGACAUAAGUGAAACCUAUCGCUCUGUUGAAAGCCCCUUGCUCCUCUGCGCAAAACUAAGAAAGACCAAACACUAACUGCGCCUAUACUUUGAAUGAAUAACACCGAUCUAUAGCUAUCACAUUCCAAGCCCGCACCCCACACCACAAGUAACUUGGUAUUAAAUCUGUAUAGGUAGAGAGCAAUGGUUUAAUUUUAUUUUAUUCCAUACAAUAAUAUAAUUCAAACAUAAUGGGUUGGAUUUGAAGUGUACCAACACUUUGGCGAAGUAAGACAGUUAAAAAAAACUUGAUAGGGGCCUAUUAGUUGAAAUACAAUAAAUUUGUUUAUUUUGAAUGCCAUUUUUAACGUGCUACCAGUUAUCACACGAAAGUAUCCCGUGCGUGCAUAAUGUAGAAUGAUUUAGAGAGAACAUUGUUAAUUAUGUAAAUUUAUUAAGUUGACCUUGAUAGGUCAGAGUUCGUAUACAAACUAAAAAAUAAUAGUUAAUGACAUUACAACAAACGAAAGUUAAUAAUAUAUUAGCCUAUAGCGACCUUUUUACUCUGCAAUACCUAGAUAUACUAACCCAGAGACAGGAUUCUGAGAAUUUAUGUCUACUUUUGUAUCUUUGUAAAUAUUGUUUGAAAACAGUUUCCUUUUUUACUAGUAUUUUGAAAGAAUGGCCUGACUUCACUUUUGUGUGCAGUCGUAGGCUUUUUCUCAAGACGCUAGAGUUUAAAAUUUAAAAGAAAGUAAAAGAGACACUUGAUAUAUUACUGUGAAAUAGUUUCAAGUGAAUCGGUUGUGAAUCGAGGUCAGAGAAAAAUGUGGCUGGAAAUAUCACUUAAAAAA